AUGGAAAAUUUAACUCCGGCAAUUCAAAGUGUUAACGAGAAAACAUUGAAAGAACUAUCGCCACAAGAAUUCCAGCAAGUGUUAAGUGCGUGGUUUCAUGAUAAAGGAAUCGUCCAGGACAUGAAGUCCUACCUAAAAUUUCAAAUGAUCAACGUGCUUCAAAACACUGUUAUUGGAAAGAACAUUAAAACUUACUCCUCGGGUUCAGCCUACUCACUUUCCCAACAAGCAUUGCACUUAAUUGUUGUCGAGUAUUUGCUUCAUUAUCAAUGUGAUUUUGCCUUAUCCCUAUUCAGCUCGGAGGUGAACAUUAGAAACUUGCUACCAGAAGCGAAACGUCUGUUUAGUUCAGAACCCACGACCAAAAAACCGAUCCGGUUUGAUAAAGAGAAUCUAAAAAAUAUCCUGGAAAUAGUGGGAAUAUGUAAGGACAGUCAGGAGCAUCUGAAAAUCAUUAGCAAGUACUUGGAGAGUGAUGAAAAUCCCUUGCUGUUUUGCAUAUUGAGUCUAAUUGGCAAAGAACCGACAAAGGCUGGUAAAAAUUCCCAAUAUUCUCAAGACGAAGCCUGUGAAGACGAUUUUUUUAAAAACAUGCGCCUAGUGAUGCAAUCGCAAAACUUAGCGCACAAGACCCAGACGCAUUUACUACAUAAUCUCAAAGUCUGUCUCGAUUUAAAGAACAAAUAUUUCGAACAUCAGGUAGUGCAAUUGGUGGACAAAUUUAGAAAAGAAAUAAAUGCUCGCGAUGAAAAACUGCACCACGCCCAACGAAGAACUAAGCAUUUGGAAAAAAAGCUUCUUGCCACCCAGGAGGAAAACCAAGGACUGAGGCAGCAGAUGCAGUCGUUGUCAACUGAGGAGAAACGCAACUUAAUUGAGAGCGCUCAAUGUUCAUUGGGUCAUUGCAAUGAACAAUGUGCAGAAAACCAAAAGUUGUGCGAUUUAUAUCAGAAGGAAAUUGAGAGACUAAAGGAUCUAAGCAAUCAGCAAAAGCUCAAGUUUGAACAACUUAGUUCAAGUUAUGGCAAUUUGCUCAAAGAAUUUGAGAGUUGCCAAAACAAAACUCACUUCGUCAAUGCGAGAAUAGAGAAGGGCGUUGCUCUUGAGUCGGAGAAAGAUCAAAAGGAAUCGACGAGUCUCAGCUCAAAUUUGAUAACAGAGGAAAUAUUACAAAACGCCAGAUACAAACUAAAGCUACUAGAAGACGAAGGUAAAGAACUAGAUAUAAGGUUCAAGAAUUUCGUAAUGAAAUAAAUAUAUUUAUAACAUAACGAAAAUAAAAGUCUAAGUAAAGUUUUAGUAUAAAAA